ACCAUAUCGUGGAAGGCGUGUUUGUUUGAAAAGGAACGGGGAUAAUUUGAAAGCGCACUUAACAGUUGUCACAGUUUUAAAACAACGUGAUGAAUAACACGUGCUGGUUAGCUGACAGAUAUCCUGAACUUGUACUUCAGCCUCUUUGGGACUUGAUGCGCGAGAGACAGGUAUUGUUGCGGUCACCUUUGCUCGCCGCAUGUUUUGCGUUUUCCGUCCACUUGAUUUUCUGCGCUCCUUACUUGUUGCUGGACAUACUUGGUGGUCGUUGCCAGUGGAUUUAUAAAUACAGGAUCGAUGGAAGGAUUAAUGAGUCGUUUCAGCUACAGAGAUGGCUUGACUGCCUUGGAAGAAUCAUCCUCAAGUACCUGUGUGGCAUCCUGCCCUCUGUUGCGCUUUUCCAAAGCCUUCGCGGACUACGUUUACCUGAUGAGGCGCCGUCUUGCUUCCUUGCCCUCAAAGAGAUAGCCCUGUGCUUGCUCCUCUUCGACACCUUUUUCUUCGGGUGGCAUUAUUUCAUGCACCGGGUUCCAUGGCUGUUCCAGGAGGUUCACCGGGCCCAUCACCAGAACCACAACACCUUCGCCCUGGCUGCCCAAGACGCCAGCAUCGCCGAGCUGGUGUCCCUCCAGACGCUGGCCCAGGGCACCGCCGCCCUGGUUCGCUGCCACCCGCUGAGUGAGCUCGUCUUCCACCUGCUCAACACCUACCUGGCUGUGGACGACCACUGUGGGUACGACCUGCCCUGGGCGCUGCAUCGCCUGGUGCCCUGCUUCAGUGGAGCCAGGUAUCACCAGGCCCAUCACCAGAAGUACAAGGGGAACUACGCGCCGUACUUCAGGCACUGGGACUGGAUAUUUGGCACGGCACUGAUGGAGGACAGAAGGGCACGACGACGUGAAGCUGGUCUCCACGAACGUGCUGAGAAGUGGCCACCUGGAGUCAUGUCCUACUUUUUUUCACUGAAAGAGAUUGAUUGAUUGGUUGAUUGAUUGAUAUCAAUUGGUCAGUUGGUUGCUUGCUUGCUUGGUCUAUAGCAGUGGUUCUCAAACUUUUUUGAACGCCCCCUUGACCUCAU